AUGAAGACCGCCGUCCUUGCCACCCUUAUCGCUGCAGCCUCUGCCUUCGCCCCUGUCCAACAGGGAGCCAAGACCACCUCCUUGAACGCUUUCGAGGAUGCUCUUGGUGCCCAACCACCACUUGGAUUCUUCGAUCCUCUUGGACUUGUUGAGGAUGGUGACCAAGAGAAGUUCGACCGUCUUCGUUACGUCGAGAUCAAGCACGGACGUAUCUGUAUGCUUGGUGUUGUCGGAUACUUGGUCACCGCUGCCGGUAUCCGUCUUCCAGGAGAUAUUGACUACUCUGGAACCUCGUUCGCCAGCAUCGCUUCCGGAUGGGAGGGAACCACCCAGGUCCCUGUUGCCGGAGCCCUUCAAGUGUUCGCCUUCGUUGGCUUCCUUGAGUUGGCCGUCAUGAAGGACAUCACCGGAGGAGAAUUCCCAGGUGACUUCCGUAACGACGCCCUUGACUUCGGCUGGGACUCUUUCGAUGAAGAGACCAAGCUUCAAAAGCGUGCUGUUGAGCUGAACCAAGGCCGUGCCGCCAUGAUGGGUCUUUUGGCUCUUAUGGUCCAUGACAAGCUCGGAAACGUGAGCGACUUCUUCCCCAACUAA